AUGUGCCGGCUGCCGGAGGGCUCGUGGUCUUGGAAUUCUCCUGUGCACUCGUCCACGGUGUCCCAAUGGGCCCUCCAGUGCGCGAGCCCGAUCGUCCAUGGCCUGCCCGCCUUGUCCUUCUUCCUUAGCUGCCUGAUCAACUGCCCAGCCCCCUCCAUGUUGGCCGACUCCAGCCUCGGCCAGAAGAACAUGUUGGCCCUAUCGUGCCUCAUCAUGUCGGUUUUUGGGUGCCUAACCGUGUUUUCCGUGAACGUGUGGAUAUACGCUGGGCUCCUAUUCGUGAGCGGCCUCGGUCGAGCCGUGAUCGUCUCGUGCUCAUUCGUCCUCGGAAGCAAACUCAUCGGCCAGAAAUGGAGGGGGAAAGUCGGCAUUUUCGGCUUCGUGUGCUAUGACCUCAACUUCCUCCUUCCCGCUUUUGGCCUAUUUGCUAAAGAGAGCCUCAUGGAGAGUAAUGUACAUUUGUACUUGUGCCCUCCCUAUGUGGUCUACUCGAUUAUCGUUUACUUCUCGGCUCACGAGUCCCUGAGAUGGCUCUACAUCAAGGGGAAAAAAUGGGUGUUCACAGUGGAAUGA